AUGCUCCGGGGCGCGGGGACGCGGCGGGGCCGUGCUGUCCGCCGGCCGCUGGUGCUGAAACACCGGCGCUCGCCCGGCACCGACUCCGUGCCCGGCCCGGGGGGCCCCGAGCCGCCCCCGAGCCCCGAGGGAGCCCCCCGGGCCGGGCGUGUGCUGGGCGCGCUUCCUGGGGCCGGUGCCCCCAUUCGCUGCCUGCACCCCCCCAGCACCGAGCCCCACGUCCCUCCAAGCCCCCCCAGCCCCUCCAACCCCUCCAGCACCACCGCUCCUGGCCUCAUCCCCGGUGAUCUCCAGGGAAGCCGGGGAUGGCCGGACGGGCAGCCCCGCUCCCCCCCAGCCCUGUCCCCCUCCCCAGGGCCCAGCGGGGUGAACCAGCUCGGGGGGCUCUUCCUGAACGGCCGCCCCCUCCCCACGUGCAAGAGGCAGAGAAUCAUCGCGCUGGCGGCGAGCGGCGCCCGCAGCUCCGACAUCUCCCGCAGCCUCAAGGUGUCCAACGGCUGCGUCAGCAAAAUCCUGGGCCGCUACUACCGGACGGGGGCCGUGGGGCCCAAGGCUGUGGGGGGCAGCAAGCCCCGCAUGGCCACCCCCGCCGUGGUGGCCAGGAUCGCGCGGCUGAAGCUGGAGCAGCCCGGGCUCUUCGCCUGGGAGAUCCGCCGGCAGCUGCACGCCGAGGGAAUCUGUGCUGGCAGCGGCAUCCCCAGCGUCUCCUCCAUCAACCGCGUGCUCAGGACCCUGCCCAGCGACCUCCGGCUGGCGGCCGAGCCCCGGGACCCGCGGCCACGAGUGUCGCCUCCGGCCGCGCCCCCCGUGCCGCAGCCCCCCGUGGCCCCGGGCACCCCGCAGCCUCCGCAGGGCUCCGCUCCCGGCCGGCAGCUCCCGCCGAGCCCCCGGCCCAGGAGUGAGAACAGGAACAGGAACAGGACCGUGUUCUCCAGGCCGCAGGCGGAGGCUCUGGAGAAAGAGUUCCAGAGGGGACAGUACCCGGACACGGCCACCCGGGAGAGACUGGCCGUAGCCACCCAGCUCCCGGACACCACCAUCAGGGUGUGGUUCUCGAACCGCCGAGCCAAGUGGCGACGGGAGAACAAGCAGCAGCUGGAGGCUGGCGGGGCAGGUGACAGCCCGGGGACCGAGGGGACGGGACGUGGGACCUGCCGCCCGGGGCGGGGGCUCCUGGUGCGACUGGAUCCCGCCCGCAUUCGGUGCCACCGCCGCAGCCGCCGCACAGGGAUGCCCGGUGACACCGCACUCUCGGGUCCCCCCCAGCCCCUCCGGGACACCCCCGCGGGCUCGGCGCAGCCCCUCCACGGUCACGGCCACGGCCUGGCCGCCCACCCGCGCCCCCCGGCCCCGCUGCACCUCUGCGCCUCCGGCCCCUGCGCCUGGGACGACGUUUGCUGCGGUCCAGCGCUCUGGCAGCCCCUGGAGAGCCCACACUUCGCCCUGCUGACCCCCGGGCUCACCCCGCUGCCAGCCUGGGGCCCGGAGUCCCGCUGA